AUGACCGCAUCAACUCCGAACCUGCGCUCUCUUCUCGCCCUCGCCUCCCUUCUCGUCGCGGUCGCCUCUGCUCAGCCCGGACGGUUCCCUUGCGGUGUCGCCGUUCCCAAUCAGCGGGCGUGCGAUGCUCUCUCGCACCCUACGGCGAGACGAGGCCUCCUCGUCCCCAUCGACUCGGAGUGCACCUCCGACCUGCAAUGCGACUUCGGGUAUUGCAGCGGCACAGACGACGAGCCUGGACAGUGCAUCGGCGGCUUGGGCGACUCAUGCGAGGGACCUGGCGGACCCGACGAUUCGCUGUGCGCGGGAAACUUGGGAUGUCAGGUGGAAGGUGCAGUGGGCAAGGCUGUCUGCGGCGGCCAAGGUGCAGACUGCUCUUUCCACGGAUCGUACAAGCCGAGCACCAAACCGAACCACCACGCCUGUCUUUCGGGAUUCUGCAACCCGCAAAGCCUGACAUGCUCGACCAAGGUCCUCGAUUCCGCCCAAGAACUGAAGGCUCAGCCGGCUGUUCAGCUUCCACCCCCUCGGCAACAACAGCGCUUCUCACCCGACUCGGACAACGAAGGUCCUGCCCACCGUCGCCGCGUCGCUCUCCCCGCCGGCGCAACUUGCCCUCAAGGCUUUUCGGUCUGUCCCGUCUCUCGACGAAGAGGCGACCAGGAGAAGCACUAUCUCGCGUGCUUCGACACGACGUCCAGCGCAACCCAAUGCGGAGGGUGCUCCAACAGCGAUGGCGGCCUGCGGGGACAAGCACCGGAAGGCAUCGACUGCACGGCCCUGCCUGGCGUCGCAAACGGUGGUUCGGCCGCGUGCAUCGAGUCGAAGUGCCGGAUCUUCUCGUGCGCGCCCGGAUACGACUUUGAACAGGAAGAGGGCGCAUGUGUCCUUCAACGAUACUGGUAG